AUGCCCUUCCCUUCAUCCCAACACCUCAUUCGACUCUUAAUUCUCCUCGCCUGCUCUGUUUUUCUGCUCUUCCUACUCUCCCUCCGCCAUGACCGAGACCAAAUCACAGCCGCCUCGUUCCCAGCGACCUUGUCGUCGCCAGAGGCUAGUACUAUAGCAGAGGGCCCUCUUCCAAAAAUUCUCCUCGUAUCCGCUUUCUUCCCCUUCUCCAAGUCGAAACACACCAUGCAGGAGUACGAGCAGUGGCUUUCUCGCUUUCUACAGCCCAUCACCACCGACGUCUACUUCUACGCCCCGCCAGAAAUAGAGCCGCUUGUUCGCAAGUGCCGUGGCGACCUGCCAAUAACCAUCGACACUACAUAUGCCUCACCAUUCGACAUACCCCCACUCGCUGGGCGACGACAACGCUACGAAGAAAUGCACAGCCAGGACCGCGAAAAGUUUCGCCACUCCCCAGAGCUAUACGCGGUUUGGAAUGCCAAACCAUUCUUCCUCGAUGACGCCCUAAAUCGGGUCUCACACAGCCAAAAAUACGACUAUGCGUUUUGGAACGACGCUGGCAGCUUCAGGGCCAGACACGACUACACGCAUUGGCCCGAUCCGGCGCGCGUGCAACACUUGUGGCAGCAAGCCAGUUUGCUUUCCCAUCAACCACCAGCGGAUCUCCUUUUCUUCCCGCUCACGGGUGUCCCCCACCCCAGCAUGCGCCAUUGGACGCAAGAUCACGGGCCAAUUGACAACGAGGUCAGCGAGGGAUCCUUUUUUGGCGGGUCGCCAAGCACUGUUUCAUGGUGGCGCCAGACGUUCUACAACUAUCACGACUAUUACCUCCAACUUGGCCUUUUCGUGGGGAAAGACCAGACGCUGAUAAACGCCAUCUUCCUCCUAUUCCCCUCCCGCAUCUUCGCCGUAUGGCUUGGCGAUCCAGACGCCCCCGCCCACAAUGGCCUUCUCCCGCUCGUCGAUCAAGGCCCACUUGGCAACUGUGGCCCGGAAUGGUUCUACUACCAGUUCUGGCUCGCCUCUCCCGCUGAGCGGAGCGGAAUGCACGACAUCUGGGAAAGCAAUGCCCGCUGGUCCUGGUCCUGGUGGAAAAAGCGCGAGAAAUGCCGUCUGACAAGACUGUCGACCAUGACCGACCUGCUCAAACACCGCUUUGGCCCAGAUUGGGAGCCGCCCAUACACACCAUCACCUCAUGA